AUGGCUCCGGUCGUCGCGACCCCCAAAGGCGCCACCACACGCGUCGAGGAGGCCGGCAGAGGCUUCCCGCACGCUGGCAAGAAUGGAUUCCAUUUCAAAGACCGCGAACAGUAUAUCACCAAGUGCCCUAGCAGCGCCUUCCUGCGCUGCGUGCCGGCAGAACCCGCGAUGGCCGCCUACCUCGCCGAAGUCUGCGUGCCAGAGGACGCACAGGAAACGCUAGUGGACGGCUUUCUGGAGUUCACGCGCGCCGUCCGCGGUACCCAGGUCCAUUUGCUGCGUGAGGAGGAGUCCACGGGGGAGGCCUCCUCGGCGCCGCAGGCUGGCUGCGCGCUGUAUCGCCUGAUUGAGGGCGGCAUCGACUUGCGCGGGGCAGCCGCCGCCGCGUCGCUGGGCGCGCUCGCCGGGAAACCCGAGGACUCGACCCCGGCAGGGGUGCUCUUCGGGGGCGUGGCGACUCGCGACGUUCACGAGGCGACGGUGUCUACUUCGGCGUCGUCGUCGCCGGCCUCUGGCCUCACGCAGGCAGUCGCGCUCGGGGGCGAAGGCCGCGCCGACGAGGCAGGCUCGCCGGUGUCGCCUGUCUCGCGCGUGGAAGCCGCAGCGGCCAUCGCGGCGCGCGUGGAUGCUGCGAAUGCGGCGGCUGGCGGAGCGACUGCGCUCCCGGGUCAGCUGGAGGCACUCAUCUCGCACUUAGGGCAUCGCCAGACGCGAGGCGAGCGGCGCGAGGGCGCCGCCGCCUCCUCGCAGCCGGCGGAGGCGACACCCGCAGGCCUCCGCGGGCGGACCUGCGUGCGCAAGAAGGGCGUCGUGAUGGCUGGCGCGCCGCUGCCUCUCGUGCUGGACGGCACUGCGAUCUUCGCGCAGGAGGCGCGUCUCGCGGCGCGCGGAGACAAGCGCGAAGCGAAUGAGCACGCCGCUGACGCGAGCUGCGACGGCGCUGAGGACUUCGCGUCGCCCCCCGCCGCCGACUCCGAAGGAGACUCUGACUUCUACGGCAGCCCCGAAGUCGACCGGCUGCUUGACGUCCUGCUAGACUUCGUUUACGACGGGACGUUCAAGGCUUACACGGACGCGAAGGAUCAAGAGACGAUUGAGGCGAGCGUGGUUGUGCUGGCGGACGCCCCCCCCGCAGAGCCCGAGGGACGCGCCGCGAAGGCGCCGUCGAAGCGCCACGUGCCGACAGUCACCCUUUACUUCCACUUCAGAAACGCGCAGGCCAUGAAGCGCGCCUUCGAGAGCGCCGAGUGGUCCGGCCUCCAAGCCGCCCUGAAGCCGGUCUUCGACUGGCAGUCCGUCUCAACGAAAACCUUCACUGGCGUCGUCCACUCGCGCCGAGAAAUGACAGGGCUCUGCUCGCCAACGGCCGUCGCUAGGGACCUGUCUCCGCCGCUCAGGGAGAGGCCGUUUGUGCCGGCGCAGCAGCAGGUGGCAGGGGCGCGCCGCGAUACGUUUGACUGGUCGGGACAACUUGACGGCAGCGCGGUAGUGCAAGAGGACCCGCGGCUGCAGGCUUUCGUGGGUCAGCUGCAGCAGCGCUUCGGCAACCUCCGCGGCGUGAUUGAGAAGAUCGCUGAAAAAUUCGGCAGCCUCGAAAAAUUCGCGGAGGGAUACAAGGUCUUUGGGUUUUGCAGAGUCGAAGCCGAACACGGGCGGCCCGCAGGUUGGAUUUACCGCGAAUGGCUUCCACACGCGGCGGAGGUCUAUCUGUUUGGCGACUUCAACGACUGGAAUCGAACCUCGCAUCGCCUCGAGCGCGAGCCGCGCGACGCGGCGCCCUUCUUCUUCGAGGCAGACUUGGGCCUCUCCUGCGUGAGCGGCGCGGAUAAGGACGCGGAUGCGGACGCGCAUGGCGUAGGCGGCGUCUGGGCUGCGUUCAUUCCCGACAAAGCUGACGGCUCUUGGACUCUCCAGCACCGCUCGCGAGUGCGCGUUCGCGUCGUCACUGAGAGUGGCGAAGAGUUCGACCGCGUGCCGGCGUGGGCGACAGUCACGUGGAAGGGCGAAGAGUCGAAUCUCUUCAACGCAGUCAUCUGGCAGCCUCCGCAGGAGGAGGCAUACGUUUGCCGGCACCCCGCCCCGGCCCCCGGCGCGGGCUUCAGCGGGGCUCCGCGGGUCUACGAGGCCCACAUCGGGACGAGCGGGUCGGACGGCGAGCGCCUGGGGACUUACACAGACUUCAUCGAGGUCGUUCUGCCGCGCAUCAAGCGUAUGGGCUACAACACGCUCUUGCUGAACGGCGUGAUUGAGCACGCGGACUACUCGUCGUUUGGCUUUUACGUCUCGAGUCCAUUCGCGGUGAGCAGCCGCUUCGGCACGCCGGAGGAGUUCCGCGCGCUGGUUGACGCAGCGCAUGCGCUCGGCUUGCGCGUGCUGCUGACGCUCUUCCACUCUCACGCCUCGCGCAACGCCCUGGAGGGCCUGGGGAACAUGGACGGCUGCAGCGACACCUACUUCGUGGGGGGCCGCGCUGGCGAGAAUGCGGAGUGGCGAGAAGCUCGCAUCUUCGACUACGGAAAAACCGAAGUCCUCCGCUACCUGCUCUCAAACAUCCGCUUCCUCAUCGACGCAUACAACUUGGACGGUUUCCGCUUCGAGGGCGUCACAUCGAUGCUGUACACGCACCACGGAACAGGCCGCCGCUUCGAGCCCUUUGACUACGCGACUUUCUUCGCGCCUGGCGAACUCUCGUCGCCCGCGCUGCUGUACCUAGCGCUCGCAAACACGCUUCUCAGCGCGCUGGUGCCCGCCAGCCGCCGACUUGCAGUCGCCAACGAAUGGUCAGGCUUCCCCACUCUCUGCCGCGCGCUGGAGAAAGGCGGCCUCGGCUUCGACUACCGCCACGAGGCGCAGUGGGCGCAGCAACUCCGCGCGCAGCUGCAGCAGCUCGGCGGCUACCGCUGGCGCCUGAACGAGCUCGUCUGGCAGAUCGCCAGCAAAGCAAACAGCGAAAAAGUCCUCGCCGCAUUCGAGGACGCCGACACCACGCGUGUCUGCAGAAGACCGCUGUCGAUUGCGCUUUUUUCGUGGGAGUCUCUGCACACGCACGCUGUGGGGGGCGUCGCACCUCACGUCACGGAGUUGGCUGCGGGCCUCGCGCGGCACGGCCACGAAGUCCACGUCUUCGUGCGGGCGACGGGCAUGGAGGCCGUCUCAGCCGUCCACUUUGGCGUCACGUAUCACCAGUGCACUUUCUUGCUCGACCGAGACUUCGUUCGCGAAAUGGGCAACAUGUGCGAGAGCUUCGUCCAGCGCCUGCUGCAAGUCGAAGCGAGCCGCGGAGAGGCCUUCGACAUCUGUCACGCGCACGACUGGCUCGCCGCGAAAGCACUCGUCCGCACCAAGCAACUCGGCAGGACGUCGAUUAUGACGAUGCACUCGACCGAGUUCGGCCGGUGCGGAAACAACGCGUACGGAGGCGUCUCGAAAAGCAUUCGCGACAUCGAGGCGGAGGCCUGCCACGUCGCGGACCGAGUGAUCUGCGUGAGCGGGGUGUUGAAGCAGGAGGUGCUCACGCAGUACGGCGUGCAUCCUGAGAAGAUAAAAGUGAUUUACAACGGCAUUCAGUGCGAGAAGUUCGAUGGCGAAGUGGACGCAGGCCAGGUCAAGGCGCAGUACGGCAUCCCAGCGAUGGACCCGAUGUUCCUUUUUGUCGGCCGCAUGGCGGUGCAGAAGGGCCCCGACCUCUUGAUGGAGGCGAUUCCGUUCAUUCUCAAGUUCCGCAGCGACGCGAAGUUCGUCUUCGUUGGUGACGGACACAUGAUGAGUCAACUCGUGCAGCGCUGCAGACAGCUGAAUGUCACACACGCAGUCCGCUUCAUCGGGCAGUCCGCGGGCGCCGCGCUGCAUGCGCUGUUCAAGUCCUGCGACGCCGUGGUGGUGCCGUCGCGCAACGAGCCCUUCGGCAUCGUCGUCCUCGAAGCUUGGAGCUCCGGCAAGCCCGUCGUCGCCACCAACAGCGGCGGCCCGCGCGACUUCGUGAACCCCGACAACACCGGCUACCUGGUGGACCCGGAGCCUGGGAGCAUUGCAUGGGGGUGCUGCGAGAUUUUGAAGAACUUCGAGCACUCGCGCUGGAUGGGCUCGCGCGGCCGCGUGACGGCGGCCUUCAGCUUCAGCUGGGACUCGAUCGCCUACCAGACUGCGGAUGUCUACUCUGAGCAGCUCUGCCGCCACGACGUGCCUCCCAACUGCACCAAUGCGCGACGCGGCGACAAAACCAUGGCCUUCGCCCUCAUCGGUCCGGCGAUGCAUGCGCACAUGUCUGUGUUUGACGAGGACCCGCAAGUGGCGAACGGCCUCGCGCUGUGGCGCGUGCUGCGGCUGCUGCUCUUCGUGGUCGCCGACGGCUGGAUGGUCUUCGCGGGCAACGAAUUCGCUCACCCCGACGAAGUCGACUUGCCGCGACCUGCCAAUCACUUCUCCAUGGAAAAGAACUUUCGGCGGUGGAACCUCGCGGACGACACGCAGCUCAAAUUCAAACACUGCGAGCUCUUCGAGGCUUUCUUGAGCCACUGGGAGAUUUUUUUUGGGAGUCAGAGCGCCAGCCACUUGUUCGUGGUCAGCUGCAGCGACGAGGAUCAAGUUGUCGUCUUGGAGAGAGGCGAUUGCUUGAUUGCAGUUAACCUCCACCCGACGCAGAGCUACGAGGGUUUCCACACCGGUUGUAUGUACAGCGGGCCGACGAUGCGGUUGCUGUUUGACACGGACGAAGAGCGUUUCGGCGGUUUUGGCCGUCUCACCGCGAAGAGUCUGCAUCCCAUUCUGCAGGGCAAAGACAACCGCCCGCACUCGGUCAAGCUGUACCUCCCCUCGCGGACAGCGGCGGUGUACGUUUCUGAGCAGCUCUUCGAGGAGAAAUACGCGCAGAAAUGGAACGCAGACCCUAUCAUGAACUUCACAGCGGACGAGUUCGUCGCUCACUUGGAGACCGUCAGAGCUGGAUGUGCGCGGGCGAUCUCUGCGUGA